UACCAAUGGCUCUGACCCUCCUCUCCCUCCCUCUCUAUAAAUCCCUCUAUUCAUCCUCCAUAAAAAAUUACACAUUUAACUUAGAUUUAUUUGAAUACCCAAAGUCAUCGCCUGCUAAUUGUAAGUUCUUCAGCUUUUAGUUGAAGUAAUUAAGAACUCUGCAAGCUGCAUAUAUACUUUGCAGAAAUUAAAGUUAGAUUUUGAGUUGAAGGUUCAUCCAUGGAGAUCAAACCAACAGACUCUUCUUCGUCCAUAUCCAUCCACAAGUCUCAGGAGGAUGAGAUCAAGUUAACAAAAGCCAAAGUGGGUGAGGCCAGGGAAGAAAAUGAAAGGUUGAAGAUGAUGUUAGGGCAAGUCAUGAAGGAAUACCGAUCCCUGCAUAUGCACCUCUUUGACAUUAAUGCUAAAAAAAACCAAGUUAAGAAGAAACCCACACAGCAUGAUCAUCAACAACAUCAUGAAGAGCAAGAUCAGCUCGUAUCCCUCAGCCUUGGGAGGGUGAUCACUACACCAGAUGCUACAGAUUUAAAGGAUGAGAAGAAGAUUAACGGCAAUUCUGUGAAGGAUGAAGAAGAAAAAGAAUUGAACAAUGGCGCCUCUGGAGAGCCAAAGGAAGAGGAAGAGAACAUCGCUGAGAUAUGGCCACGCAGAAAAAUUCUCAAUGCAAUGAGAAGAAGUGGAGGUGACGAUGAAAAAGAUUUACAGCAGACCCAUUUGAAGAAAGCUAGGGUUUCUGUCAGAGCUCGAUGCGGUACCCAAACGAUGAAUGAUGGAGGUCAAUGGAGGAAAUAUGGACAAAAAGUAGCUAAAGGAAAUCCCUGCCCACGGGCAUACUAUCGCUGCACACUCUCACCAUCAUGCCCAGUGCGAAAACAGGUACAAAGAUGUACAGAAGACAUGUCCAUCUUGAUCGCAACCUAUGAAGGAACCCACAACCACCCACUUCCCACUUUAGCCACUGCCAUGGCUGCCACCACUUCUGCAGCUGCUUCCAUGCUUCACUCUGCAGCCUCAAUAUCUGAUGGGUGGAGAGGAGCACUCAGCCACUGGUUGUGGCUGAAACUCAGUGAGGAUAAAAUAUCAACCACCACGCCGCCACCGCUGCCGCCAACACCGUCCUUCUCUACCACUCUCUCCCAAAAUCCACUAAGUUCACAAUUUGCGCCACUCUACUUCCCCAACCCCGCCACCAUACCUGCACACUCCCACUCACACCCAACCAUCACUCUUGAUCUCACCAGUACCCCAUCUACCUCAUUCUUCCCUUCAAUCAGCCUUUCUAGUACCAGUAGCACCCUACAAACACCUUGGGCCCCUUAUCAGCAUCAGCACUACCCUACUACUUGUAGGAGACUGUCCUACACCAAGAGGCCCCCAAAUCUCGGAAAGCAGCCACUGCAUGAACCUUCUGAAUACAUGCCAAAAAAGGAGCUGCGGGUCUCUCCAUCCCAACAUUCCUUGGCGGAGGCCAUUGAAGCUGCAUCCCAAGAAAUUGCACGGAACCAGAGUUUCCGAUCGGCGCUGGCGGAGGCGCUGACCUCAGUUGUUGGGAAAGGGGAUCGGAGGGCUCAUGAUCAGGAACAUGCACUUGGGAAGGAUGUGAGAUUAGGGUUUGCAUCCACCUACUUGAACAGCGCCUCUUCUUCUUCCUCCUCUUUGACUUCUCAGGGGCAAGGGAGCUUGGUUUUGUUCCCACCUUCAUUGCCGCUGUCUAAAGCUGAGGGUGAUUCUGAGCUUCGUACUGACGACGCAUAUAAUGUAUGA